AUGAUAAAAGACACUGUGAACAAUAAGUUUGCUUUUGAUCUUGGCUCGAUAAAAAGCAAAAAAUAUGGCAAAGCUACAAUUUCUGGACAUUUUUUACUCAUGAUUUCUUAUAUGAAGUUUUGGGACAUUAAAAAGAUAGAUUAUAAAGAAGAAGAAGAUAAGCUAAUUGAUUGGGUUAUUAAAAUUUUGAAGGUUACUGAUGGCCAACGUUUAAGGUGUAUUCAAAUGUUGAAUGUUACAUUGCUGUCCGUUCUUACUAAUCCCAAUAUUCACCCUGCAAAUCUCAAAUUAUGUUCGUAUUCUUUAGUAUAUUCUUUUCUUCUUAACAAUAUUAUGGAAAAUUUAAGGCAUACUGAGCAAUAUGAAAUGAUGGAGGAAAUAGCUCGUAUUCUUAUAUUAGUUAUUGAGAGAAAUUUUAAGAGUUUGAAUGAAGUGCUGAUAUUAAAUAAUCCUCUUUUACGACCUCUCUGUAUAGCUAUUAUGGAAAUGCAUCAAGAAGCUAUCAAAAUUAAUAUAAAUAUAUCUUAUUAUAUAGAAGAAAUGAUUAAACACGUAAAAGCUCAAAUAUGGAAACUAAACUAUGAAAUUGAUUAUGCAAUUGAAGAUAAAUAUGA